AUGGGCGACCUAUCACCGAGAAAGCUGGACAUCAUCAUUCUCGGUGGAGGCAUAGCCGGCUUGACAACAGCUCUUGCACUGACCAAGUUUGCUCCACGAGAUGCCGUGCCGAACAUACACAUCAUCGAAAUUAGACCAGAGCCAGCAACAAUCGGAGGUGCAGUAAACCUCACGCCGAACGCGCUACGGAUGCUGGAUCAUCUCGGGGCCUACGAAGUGAUCAAGAAAAAUGGUUACGGAAAGGACAUUGAUGAGCUCGAGGUCUACGAUAUCUACUCGACUAAACUUGCCGUUUCGAGCUUCAAGGGUGCUCAUGGCAAGGGCAUCGGCAGUCCACCGUUCAAAGCACUGCGUAUUACUCGAGGCGAUGCGCUCAAGGCUGUGCUAGAGAUCGUGGAAAGACAAAAGAACAUCACACUGACGUGCGGCAAGAAGACAGUCGACAUCCAGGAGACGGCCGACAAGGUCACGAUCGAGGUCGAGGACGGCACCACGUACACUGCCGACAUUCUCAUGGGCUGCGACGGAAUACACUCCGUGACGAGACUCAAGCAUGUGGACCCGGAACGCAAGGAGACGUACACCGGAGUCUGCAAUGCGUUCGGCUUCGCCCCGGUGGGCAAGGACUUUCCCGUCCACUUUGACUGCACGGCGAUCAACUUUGCGCGGCGGGGCAUGCUUCUGACCAGCUAUCAUAAUCCGGCCAUGGACUCGGUCUACGUCGGCGCCUUGAUGGAGGUUUCGGAUAUUGGAUCCCGCGAUGGGUGGAAGGCGGUCGGCAGUGAUGCCGAAAAGACCCGCGCGGAGCUUUUGAGCAGAUUCGGCGAUGCCAAUGUGCCAUGCAUCAACCAGCUAAUCACAAAGGCCGAGGACUUCUACCUCUGGCCCGUAUACACACUGUCAAAGGAUGGACAAUGGUCGACGAAUCGAUGUAUGCUUCUUGGAGAUGCAGCUCAUGCCAUGCCUCCGCAAGGCGAAAGCACCGGCAUUGUGUUUGAAGACACUGUCAUCUUUGCCCGCUGUCUUACCAAGUGGAUGGAAAAGGGGAUGCCUGGAGGUACCCCGAAAGAGGCGUUCACGGCCUACGAGACACUGCGGAAACCGAGAAUCGCAACAGCCUUUGACGAGUCCCAGAGCGUCAUCCGCACAGUCUCUGAUGCUGGCUGGUUUGGACACAAACUGAAAACCUAUAUUGUCCCGUGGUAUCUGUGGUACACGCGAUCGUACCGUGAGAAACAUUUCGUCGAGGAUGUCACGACGAGCGAACUCAAUUAUUGCUGA